ACAACACUGCUCUUGGAUGGGCGGUGGGGUGUGUUAUAUUUUGGCCGUGGGGAUGCAAACGACAAAAGAAAAAUCUCAUCUUUUGUGAGUUUCUGUGUCCCCAUAGUUAUCAAUUGAAUUGAAGAGGAAGGGGAUUGCGGGGUUUUUCCAUGGAGGUUUCUUCCCUCAUACCAAUGGCUUCCUCUGCCUCUGCCUCUGCCUCUGCUCUCUCUUGCUGCUCUUGCACUAUCCGAUUGCCCCUGCGGCCGAGAACUGGUAAGCCAAGAACUGUUAACUUGAGGCCGGAGCAAUUCUUAAGACAGGAUCAAUUGAACAACACAAGAUUACACAUGAACGUAGCGAGGAGCACUUUAAUGGCUAACGCUGUGCCGCCAAGGCAAGAAGUCUUCAGAGUGGGUGAUUUUAUGACCAGGAAAGAGCACCUGUUUGUUGUGAAGCCAACAACAUUGGUUGAUGAAGCUUUAGAAGCUCUUGUGGACAAUCGGAUUACUGGCUUACCAGUGGUAGAUGAGGAUUGGACACUGGUUGGAGUUGUUUCUGACUAUGACUUGCUGGCACUGGAUUCUAUAUCAGGUGCUGGGCGAACUGAGACAGGUCUUUUCCCACAAGUGGACAGCACAUGGAAAGCUUUUAAUGAGCUACAGAAUUUGUUAAAUAAAACAAAUGGGAAGAUUGUUGCUGAGGUGAUGACACCUUCACCGAUUGUUGUUCGUGAAACAACCAACCUUGAGGAUGCAGCCAGAUUAUUGCUAGAAACCAAGCAUCGGAGAUUACCUGUUGUUGACAAUGGUGGGAAAUUGGUUGGGAUACUUACCAGGGGGAAUGUUAUAAGAGCUGCACUGCAAAUGAAGCGCGCAGUUCAGCAGGAGGCUAAGAAUUAAUUACGUCGAGGCUGUAAACUGGGAUGUAGCAUAUGGUAGGGGUUAAUGGAAAAUGUGCUGCCAAUGUGGAUAGCAUGAUUCAUUUUGCACAUUGAUUCUGUUUUAUCUCAAAACCAAAAAUAAGGUUAAAUGUAUUCAUAUAAUAAUUUUGUUGGAAUAACACAUAUUUGGAUGAAAUCUUUAGGUUUUUAGAUCUUAUAUUCAACAAGCUUAUUGCUGAAAUUCAUCAGUGUUUUACCAUACUUUCUAUUCAAUGUAUCUUUGAUUUCAAAGAAGAUUUAAAAUUGCUUCAAUCCUACAAAAUUCAGCCA